AAGCCGUAUGUGGGGAUGCGGGCGGUGCUGCGGCGGGUUGGCGCUCUGUCAUGGCUGCCGCGUGCGUCGCAGGCCGCCCUGCGGCCGCGCUGCGGAGGGACCGGACCGGCCCCGCGGUGCUGGAGCUGCGGCAGCGCCCUCCCUGGUGCCGAGGGGCCGCCGCUCUUCUGCCCCGGGUGCCGCGCCCUGCAGCCGCCGGGACCGCGGCCCGACCUCUUCCGCCUGAUGGCCUGUGACCGCUCCUUCCGCGUCGACGUACAGCAGCUGCAGCGGCGGUUCCGGAGCCUGCAGCGCGCCGUUCACCCCGAUCGCUUCGGCCAGAGGCCGCCGGAGGAACAGUACUACUCUGAGCAACACUCGUCCUUGAUUAACAAGGCAUAUCAAACCCUCCUGAACCCUCUGAGCCGCGGCAUCUAUCUGCUGGAGCUGCAUGGAAUGGAGCCAGCACAGGAGACAGACUGUGAUGCAGACUCUGUGUUUCUCAUGGAAAUCAUGGAAAUUAAUGAGAAAUUGGCAGAGUCUAAAAGUGACGGUAUCCUUGAAGAAAUUGACAUUUUGAUUAAAGUUAAACAAGAAGAACUGACCAGAGAGGUGGCUGCAGCUUUUGAAAGAGAUGACCUUCAGGAAGCAAAGAAGCUUUUAGCCAAAAUGAAGUAUUUUGCAAACUUAAAGGAUAAACUAAAGAACAAGAAGAUCCCUUCCUGAUGCUGCCUCCUUUACUGUUAAUGUUAUUUUCAAUUAAACAGCUAAUUUAGUUACCAAGUGAGAAAAA